AAUGCAGGUCUAUCCCGAUAAACUUCGUCUUCUCUUGCUCGUACAAUCGAAGUUAUGACGAGGUCGGUGUUGGAUCUGAGAUCAUUCUCUGCCAAUUCCAGAUCCGAACAGAGAAAGUCCAAUUAAACUUUCGCCGAGACAUGUACUGUAAGUAGAAGCAACCCAUUUGGGACCUCGACGCCACGAUCCAGAUCGUCUAGCUUUCUUUUUCUCCCCUUUCAAACGCGUCGUGCCAGCAAGCUUCUCGAAGCCCUCGAAAUGGUUGACGAUUCCAAGCUUGAGAACGGCCAUACAUUCCUUUGAUUUCCCUUGGUCUAAUUCCCGAAGCUCUGGCAACCGAACUUUUCUCAGCGCCCAUGAUGCUUCCGCGAUUCAAGAGUCUUGUUGUUCUUACGUUCAUUGUGUUGGCUUUGUAUGCCGUUUUCUGGCGAGAUGAACCUUUUUCGAGUCAACAUGCUGUGGAUGUCCUGAAGGGUUUGGGGGAUUUCGAGGUUCCCUGGGGAAACCAGGACACGCCGCAGGAGCCAAUACAGGAGACGAAGGUGGCAGAUGCCAGCGAGGAUGCUCCGACAGAUAUCGAGGUCAAGUUUAGCUUCACGAAGACAGCACAUAUUGCUCCGACUUAUUUCAGCGUCCUGCCUUCAGAGCCGGAGAGCACGAAACCUGCGGAGUGGGAACACGGCGUGGAGGACAUGAAGACUGGUCAGGGCAGCACCAAAACUGCUGCGGAGCUGUUGAAGCCCUCGUCUGUGGCAGGAACUGAAAAUAACUACAGUGGUAUAAGUUUGCAGAAACAGUUCGACAAGGAAUAUGACGAGCUGGCAUUGAGUGACCAGGCGGGUGCGAUAUAUGGCAAUACUCUCAAGGCCCUAAUCGACAUCGGAGCUCACGAAGGCUUCGCAGGAGCGGCCCUCAAGCCUUUAGAAUCCUGGUCUGAGUACAGCGAUACUCCUCCCUAUACCUACAACCCAUACCCCGAUUACAACAGCAAAGUUUGGCAAGACGGCAACCAAGGUACAUACACAGCAUGCAAUGGUCCCAAUGGCCCUAUUGCAGAUCUGCUGGUCUACUCUGGACACCCAAAAGCCUUCUCGAGUCCUCAGAUGGGCUCAUACAUUCCGUUGGACAUCGACAGUAAUCUCUGCUUCGAACGAGAGGCGAGACUUGGUCCGUAUGGAUUUACGGCUGAGGAAGCCCCAUCGGCUAAACCACAAGCUGCGGAUUCGGAAUAUGUGGAGGAACGAGAUGCUUCGAAAUUAGAUUGGGGCAAGCUACAGAAGGCGUGCUACAAGAUGAACGUCAACAGAUAUACCCAACCUCAUCCUCAAACAGAGCGUCCCAUGCUUGCUGAUAACCCAGGUAACUUUACCAUGCCGCGCUCCAACAGGACUAGCAAAGUCAGACCAAGUACCAUGGCGAGAAGGUUAGAUACUCUCAUGAAGAAAGUCCUAUCUAUUCGCCAGGGAGUCAGCGAGAUGAUUCCCAAUUCGUUGACUGGAGAUGGUGGUGUUGGAGCCGAACCAUCGAGGAAGAAGAUGCCUGGCUUCCAGCCUGACACGUUUGUGGAGGCUCCACCGGCCACGGACCCAAAAGAAGAUUCGCCGUCAGGUGGCAAGAACGACUAUAGCGUGGGAUGGGAGAAGUUUGACAAUGCGAAUUCUGAGGACCGUGUUGCUGAGUACUCGACUUUAGGUGGUGAUGUACCGAUGAAUGAUCAUGAUCAUGGAGAUUCUCUAUCAUCUGGCUUUGAGGGUAGUAGACCUGUGAAGAACUUAGAUCCACAGAUUCCUGAGUUCUCGACUUUGGGUGGGGAUGCACCAAUGGACGAGCAUGAUCAUGGAGAUUCUAUGUCGUCUGGCCUGGAGGGUAGUAAGCCCGUAGAGGACUUAGAUCCACACAGGUCUUCGUCCUCUGACAAGGAGGCCGACGAGUUUCUUAAGGGUCCCCCGACACAUGAUGUUGCCCAGUGGUCCAAAUUAGGUGGUCAGGAGAGCAGUGACGAACCUGAAAAAGGACGUCCUAAAUUUCCAGGAGAGCCUCCAAUUACACCAGCACUGAAUGAAGACGAAGCCAAAGCUAAGGGUCUGCAUGGCAUGCCAGCGAAAGUAGAGAUCAAGCCGGCACCUCGAACAGCAGUGAUCAUUCGAACUUACUCGCACUUGAACUUCACCGAGAACGACAAACAAAACAUCCGGGCUAUGGUGUCAGAGCUUUGCUUGCGAAGUGGCGGAGAGUAUGAGAUUUUCCUGCUUGUCGAAUGGAAGGACGAAACGUUGCCUAUAUUUUCCAGCAAGACACUUUACGAGGAAGCAGUCGAGAAGAGCGUCCCAAAGGAGUUUGCAGGCAUGACUGUGUUAUGGAACGAUGCCAAGAUGAGAGAAACCUAUCCUCUCAUUCCUCGGGAAGUGAAUAAUGUGCACCAAUCACAGUGGCUCUCUGUGCAGUGGUUUGCUCAGGAGCAUCCGCAUUUCGACUAUUAUUGGAACUGGGAGUUUGACACUCGUUACACGGGACAUUACUACAAUCUCUUGGAAAAGCUAGCUACAUUCGCGAAGGCUCAACCAAGAAAGGGACUCUGGGAACGCAAUGAGAGAUACUAUAUUCCAUCCUAUCAUGGACGAUACUCCCAGUUCACUAGAAUGGUCGAGAAAGCUGUUGGAGCUGACACAGUGUGGGGAGCACCACCGGUCGUUAAUGUCACAUAUAUUGGCAGUGGACCACCAGUCAACGAUCCUAAGGAUGACAAGUUCGUUUGGAGCGUUGGGGAGGAGGCAGACUAUAUAACGUUGAGUCCCAUUUUCAACCCCGUCAAUACCAGUUGGCCAGGAAGAAAUGAUGUCUGGGGGUAUGAUGGACCUGAGAAGACUCCAAGACGUGCUACGAUUGGUACUCAAUCCAGAUGCAGCAAGAAGUUAUUGGACACAAUGCAUGCGGAAAAUAAGAAGGGGAACCACGUCAGCAGUGAGAUGACUCCUCAGACAGUCUCUUUGCUUCAUGGGUUGAAAGCAGUAUAUGCGCCAAUUCCGAUGUUCUUCGAUAGACCGUGGGGAGGCGAAAGUCUACAGCGGUUUUUCAAUCCAGGGCCGAAAGGUCAAAGUGGAAGUAUCGAAGAGAGUCCAUACUCCUGGGGCCGUGAGGUCAGAUUCCAAGGCAGUACUUGGUAUUACAGAGCAACAUCGCCCCAGAGACUAUAUAACAACUGGUUGGGAUGGGAGGAUAGUGGGAUUGGAGGCGCUGAAUGGGAGAAAACUCAUGGCAGGACGUGUCUUCCGCCUUUGCUACUUCAUCCGAUUAAAGACGUUGUUCAGCCUGCACCGGGAUCUUCUUCGAAGUCGGAGUUACCUUACUAACUCGUGGCGAUGUAAGAUAUUGGGGUUUACGUCAAGAUUGGAGUUUGGGUCAAGAGGAAUAAGUAGAUGGUAUGUAUGAUACCAUAUUUAAAGGGAACAAUUAUGGAAAAAGAUUUAUAGCUUGGCAUAUUGCUGUACGCAUAAUCUAGAGUUGCUAC